AUGUCUGCAGGAUUACGGUUAGAGGACUUUGAAAUUGUCAGAGAAAUUGGCAAAGGAGGGUUUGGAGUCGUUUAUGAAGCUGUUCACCCACAGUUCAAUAGAGUAGCGCUCAAAAAAAUAAACUGUGGGUCUGGAGGGGUUCCAUUGCAUAGAAUCAAGUCUGAAUAUGAACUGCUCAAUAAUGUCUCGCAUAAUAAUAUAAUAAAGUUUUACGGCCAGUUCAAAACGAAAAAUGAUGUUUAUCUUGUUCUUGAACUGUGUCCCCAUGGUUCUAUGCGAUCUUAUGUCCGAAAAAACGGUCCUCUAUCUGAAACAGCAGCUGCCUAUGUCUUGAAGCAAUUGCUUUGUGCUGUUCAACAGCUCCAUGCCAAACGAAUAAUGCAUAGAGAUUUGUCGGCAGGAAAUAUUUUAAUAUCGAAAAUGUCAUCUGAUGGCUUACUACCAACUAUUAAAAUCUGCGAUUUUGGCCUAGCUCGUUCUAUGAGAACAGGAGGACCUCCUAGAACAAUAGUAGGAACGCCAGGGUUUAUGGCUCCGGAGUUAUUGGGCGGCGAUUCAUAUGAUGAAGCUGCAGAUGUUUUCUCUUUGGGAGCUGCUAUGUACACAAUGCUAACAGCCGAGGACCCUCCUGUAAAAGGUAAACCGCCAUUGAAUAAUAUAUGUCAUCUUGCUGCCGAUUUGAUCAAUUCGAUGAUGGCUGAAGAAUCGGAAAGGAUUACAGUACGAGAAAUUUUCCUUAGUCAGUUUAUGAAAACGUAUCUACCUGAUGGGCGAGGCACUUUGAACUCCUUCUAUGGCUCGAGGGAACAUUCAGUUGAUAGAGCUAGAACAUCAUAUGAACGACGAGGGAUAAAUCGAAAAUCUGGUCAAGAAGAUCGUAGGUUUGGUCCAACGGACCAAGAGCGCUUCAGUAGAGGUCGUCGGGACGCUUCCUACGAUAGGAGAGGUUCAGACCGAAUGAGUGCUGGCUAUGAACGCGAGGGAGGUAGACGUAGAGCUGCAAGUCAACCACCAACUCGGGAACAUGUUAUAACUAAGGAAAGAAGAGAAGAAAGUGGUUUUCAAAGUGGAGGCGAUCAGAUUCUUCAUAAUGCACAAAAAAAACCAGCUCACAUUUCUCAGUCACUAUUACCUACUGCGAUAGGAAGAAAAGAUCAGCCUUGGCCUUUAAGAACAGAACGCUUGAAUGGAAAGAUUUUUAUUCGACCAAGGAUAGGCAGAUUAAGGGUGACGGAUACGGGAGAUUUGUUCUUCGAGCAAGAAAGCGCUAAAGGAACUGUGGCUAAGAUCAUGUCAAUUUACUUCAACACGAAUAGGAGACAAGAGAUAACAACCUAUCUCCCCGUUUUAUCGACCAAGCCGUUCCCCAAGCAGGAUGAUCCUAGAGUAGAACUAAUGAGAACAUCUCGUUGCGGUCCUUUCUCCACGUUAGUUUUUUUUUACUGUACAUGGUUGUAUCGGGAUUGUUUUUUUUCUUUCACGAUUCCGGUAUCAUCAAGCUAG